UCCGCUCGGUUUACACGCAGGUUUACUUGGACUUUCCUUCCUCCAUAAAUCGGACUGCCUCUCCGCUUUGAGCCACAUUUGAUCGAACCGCGUCUCUUUUCUUCUUUUUUUCUGCUUUUAAGGGAAUUUACAGAGCAAUGUUUUUAGAAAAGACGCUUUACGUCCUCCUGUUAUGUUCUGUGUCAACGACCUCUUCUGCUGACAAGAUGACAGCAGCCACAGUGUACUGGGACCCCCAACACAAGGUUGUCCUGCUGAAGGAAGGGGUGCUAGAGAAGGAAGGAGAUGCAUACGGUUAUCUGAAUGACACCCUGUCAAGUACAGGCUGGAGUGUCCUGGAGAUCCGUGCUGGGUAUGGGGAGACCCCUGAAACCGACGAGGUGACCUUCUUCUUGGCUGGAUACCUUGAAGGCUUUCUCACCGCCCAGCAGAUGAUGGACCACUAUGCCAACAUGUAUCCGCAGCUGAUCCACGACCCAAAGAUCCUCAGCCCAGUUCAGAGUUUCAUGGCGAAACAAGACGCGUGGACCAGAGAGCAAGUCAAACUGAACAAGAGCUCCGACCCUCUGUGGAAACACACCGGCUUCAUCGUGGCUCAGAUGGAUGGACUGCAAGCAGGAGUCGCACACUGGGCAAAGAAACAGGGAAAAACGCCGCUGUCCCUGUUUGCCGUCCAGUUCCUGAACGCAGUGGGAGACCUGCUGGAUCUCAUCCCAUCCUUGGUCCCCACCUCCAACCCUCCACACAGGGGAUUCAAACUUCCAGGGAUGGGACACUGUUCUGCUCUCAUCAAGAUGAUGCCCGGCUUUGAGAACCUCUUGUUUGCCCACUCCAGCUGGUACACGUACGCUGCUACAAUGCGGAUCUACAAACACUGGGAUUUCCACAUCACCGAGCCCCACACAGCCACCGGGAAACUGUCCUUCAGCAGCUACCCAGGCUUCCUUGUGUCUCUGGAUGACUUCUACCUCUUGGGCAGUGGUCUGAUGAUGACCCAGACCACCAACAAUGUCUUCAACACUUCCCUCUUCGGGACAGUCACUCCCAACAGCCUCUUGGCAUGGCAGCGGGUCAGGCUGGCUCACAGUCUGGCAAAGACCGGGGAAGAGUGGGCAAAAACAUUCUCCAUGCACAACUCAGGCACCUACAACAACCAGUACAUGGUGUUGGACAGGAGCCGAGUGAAGCUGGGCCACAGUCUGGAUGACGGCGCUCUGACCGUGGUGGAGCAGAUCCCAGGCCUGGUGGAGUACUCUGACCAGACGCAGGCUCUGCGCAGAGGUUAUUGGCCGUCCUACAACGUUCCUUUCCACCACAAGAUCUACACGCUGAGUGGUUAUGGUCAAAUGUGGGAGGAGUAUGGAGAAGACUUCUCCUACGAUCUCUGCCCCAGAGCCAAGAUCUUCCGUCGUGACCAGGCUGACGUCAAGGACCUGGACUCCUUAAAGCACAUUAUGAGGUUUAACGACUACAAGAAGGAUCCAUACUCCAAGGGGGACCCCUGCAAGACCAUCUGCUGCCGUAAUGACCUAAAUCCAGUGAACCCUACACCGGGAGGUUGCUAUGACACCAAGGUGACAGAUUUCCACAUGGCCGGGGACUUCCGGGCGGAGGCAGUGAACGGGCCAACGACUCAGGACGGACUGCCGCCGUUCUUUUGGGAUAAAUUCAGCAGCAUGAGCCACCAGGGUCUGCCGCAGUUCUACAACUUUACCUUCAUCCGGAUGCAGCCGGUCCUCUUUGAGCCAUGAGGUGUGUUUGUGAGAGAGACAGACAGAGGGAGAGAGGUUCUGUGUGUCUGAUGCUUUCUGAGGAGGUAAUGAUGGGAGUCAACGGUACAAUCUGAUGUUUCGUCUGUGCUUAUCACGUCUUUUUACACCCUGAUUAUUUUUGUUUUAAUUGUUUCUCAAAGUUACAAUCUCCUUGAUCCCCAUUUUAUUCUCUCUGGCGGCAACCGUGGCAACAAGCGGUAAUUACAGUCAUGUCUUCCGAUCUGAUUUUUUUUAAUGUGCCACACAGAAUCUUAUUUUAAAAUUGCGUCCCAUCAUAUGCUUUUUACUUAUUUUUUUUAUUUGACAUUUUUGACUAACAGUACUUUCACCUACCUGAUAAAAUGCAGGAUGUCAACCUGACAAUUACUAAGUUAAACUCAGUAUAUGUCCCAUGUGCGUUAUUUCAUUUGGAAUACAGUUUAUUUUUAUACUUUCAGCCAUUUGUGCCUUAAUCACUGACAGCAACUUUAUUAUUUUAUAAUAUAAUGAAUGAAUGCACUAAAUCAUUAAAAAGAUUGAAUCUUUAUUUAAAUGUCUGAAUGUCUUCGUAGAUGCAAACACCAUAAUUUCAAUCAUAAAUGUCUGAAUCAGUACAAUGUCGAAUAUCUCAGGUUGAAAUAUUUAUUACAAUCCUGUGUUUCUUUUGUAAUACUAUACUCCACUGUAUCUGUAUAAUGGCAUCCAUUCAUGUGUUCUUUAUUAAAAUGUUUACAGUUUUA